AACACAUACUCGAAACAAUGGCUUCACGUCCUGUUGUGCUGUGCUACUCAUCCUUUACCCCUCCAACACCUGCUCGAAACUUACUCUUUGAACUCGCACGAGCCUACGAAGAUGAAUUUACACUACUGGAUCAAAAGGUGGUGACCGAUCUCAGUGAAGAUGAGCGAGCGAAGAUAGAAGGGAUUGUGUGUACCGGUGGUUAUACCAGAACAGACCACAAGCUGGGAAAAGAGAUCAUGGACUUGCUACCUAAUUUGAAAGUCAUUAGCACUCCAAGCAUGGGUCUAAAUCAUAUUGACGUGCAGGCAGCAACAGAUCGAGGUGUUCGUAUUGGCCGAAGUUUGCAUCAAAUUGACGCUGUUGCGGAAUUUGCCUUCGGAUUGCUAUUGGCAUCCGCAAGGUCGAUUGUGCUGGCUAAUGAGGUUGCCAGAACAACUGUUUUUUCAUCAGGCCAAGUGAGUAAGAAAGAAACUAUAUAUUUCGAGUAGGGUGAAUCCUACCUUCCAUCCCAAGAGUUCAGGUGGAUGGACGGGGAAGUUGCAGUGUCAUCCUUGUCUGUCACGUGACUUCUCCACCUGUUCUACUGCCAGGAGCGCAUCAAGGAUCUCAUUUAUGAGUUUCUGAGGCUAAAAAGGAUAUCGUAAACGAUCUUAUAAACGCCCAAUUCCAAAUAAAUGCCUCUUUUCUAAUAAUCACCCCUUCUAUGCUGUUAAAAUUGUAUUAGACACCCCUCUCUAAUAAACACCCCUGUCUGGUAGACACCCCCAUAACAAUUACCCCAAAAUACUAAGAAUUAGCAAAAAGAAGCAAAAUCAUUCAAUUCAUUCAGUUCCUUGCCCGAUUAAAAGCCUUUGCAUAUUUCAUCUUGUUCAAUGUCAAGUUCAAAGUAAGGAUAGACUAACAAUGGCAACACAUCAAUGUUGGGAUUUGAAAGAGCAAUAUGGAUCUCUAGAUGGCCUAGGCAUAUCAAUUGAUGGGGUGGAUAUUCCGUAAUUUUCUUUAUACUUUUGCCCAAAGCAUAUUAGUUUUGUUGAGCUUGUUACAAUUCACCACUCCAGAAAAUACCAUAACAAACCGUAAUGCUUUUUGUUUGUCACCCGAAAAUUUUGCAUAAGCAUUGUCUUCAGUUUCUCUUGGGAGUUAAAAUGGCCCCAAGAGAAACUGAAGACAAUGCUUAUGCAAAAUUUUUGGGUGACAAACAAAGAGCAUUAUGGUAUGUUAUGGUAUUUUCUGGAGUGGUCAAUUACGGUAUGAGAAUAAACGCCUCCCUCUUUUUAACUCCUCCUGUCUAUCAAACACUCCCGCUUGGACCGCUACAAUUAAAAAGAUGCCCUGGGUCUUUAUUAGGUGAUUUAUGAUAUCUGGUGUUAUGAGGGGUAGGGGCAAGAAAAAGGUUAGAUACUUGAGAUGACAACCUGGAUCUAGAAACUGGGACUGAUGUUUGGCAUUACUACCCACUUAAAAUAUUAACAACCAACCCCCCCCAAUCCCUCCCCACCAUGCAAUAAAAACCAGUCCCCAAAUUAUAAGAUGGGUGUGGCUUGGGAUAUUAUAUGAAGUGUAACAUUAGUUACAGACCAGGGCCCAGUUGUUCGAAGGCCGUUUAGCGCUAACCCAGGGUUAAAUUUUAACCCAGGUUUCUUUUUCUUUUUUUCAAAAGCAUUUUUCAGGCUAAUUUUCUCGAUUCUUCUUAGAGCAUCAAAUCAUCAGAUUGUGGACAAAAAGAAUAAAACUGAAUUUGUUUCUUCAGCUUUCAUAUCUAAAUUGAAAUUUUGCACUAACCCUGGGUUAACUUAACCCUGCUUUGAACAACCCAGCCCAAGUGUGAUGCAUAUGACAUGUUUUGAUACUUCAAAUACUGUUUUGCAAGGUAGAGAAAUAUAGACAAAAUUAUUUCUAUCAGGCUCAUUUACUGCUACCAUUUGUGUUUCCAAUUUAGCAAAAAAUACAAAUAUUCAAGCCUAUACAGCAAGUUACUGGUUCUACUCUGGGCAUUAUUGGUUUUGGGAAUAUUGGAAAAGCAGUUGCUGAAAAGGCGAAAGGAUUCAACAUGAAGAUCUUGUAUCACUGUCGAACUCCGAAAGAAGAUCAUGAGAAAUACUUAGGUAAACAGACUAUUUUUCCUCAGGGAUAGUAGAGUAAGCAAAACAUGAGCACGCGUGAAAUCACCCUACAUGAGAAGGGUGGGUGAUUUUCAUGCACUCUUGCGUUUCGCUCGAUCUACUAUCCCUGAGGGAAAAUGGAGACUAUUCAUAGUCUAUUCAGUAAAGGGUCACCAUCAUCAUCAUUUGUCCUCUUGGGACCCAGGCGCUCAUGUUGUACAAACAAACGUUUGUCAUUCAGGCCUUCUUCUCUAUAGGGGGAGGGGGGGAAAUGGGUUAAUUUUUGGCAGAUAUAUGCUGCUGGCAUCUCCAGCCCCUACCCAAUUAUAGCCUAUUCUGUAGUCAAGAAGACCCCAUCUCAGUCGCUUUUGAGCAAAAGUAUUUUUUGCAGUCCCAACUUACUCACUUUCUGUCACUUUUUAAACCAUGAAUCUUGUUAUUUCGUAAUCCCCAAUUACCAGAAUUUUCUCACCCCCAAAAUCCUGAAAAUGUGCAAACCCAUCAUAGUAACUCUGUUGAAAAUGCAAUCCCAUUAUAGCCAAUCCAGUCGUGAAAAUGUGACCCUGUCCAGUUGGCACAUCUCCAUUAGCCUAUUACUAAGAAGUACCCCCUUCCAUUCCCUGGGGCCUGAUUUUGGCUAACUGAGUAGAAGCCAAAACGUUUACACACAAAUGCCAGCUUCUGGAAAAGAAUAGCCUGUGUAGCUGGAGGUAUUAGCAUGGGAGUGAUGUAUUACUUUGGCAGUGGAGCCACAAAAAGAUUGGAUACAAGUCAAAUUGAAAGACCACCUGCCACAAUUCUUGGGUAUUUUGAAUAGUCCAACAACCAGGCGUACAGGAGUAACCCCCAUGGGUAUCCCACCAGCUAUGCAGGCUAGGCAAAGAAGAGUUUGAUCAAACCCUUUUUCUAGCCCCUGUCAUGGUUGAAUGAACAAGUGGAGGUGGUUAGCUCCCUGCUCAACCCUAGUCUCCCACACAGACAGUCUCAGGGGUUUGCCUAGCAUGAACAAGUGACGAACCCCUAAGAACCUCUGCAUGAGAGGCUGGCUUGACUGCUGAGGACCAUGGCUGGUUUCUUGUACAAGAUCAGUUGUCUAUCACUGCACCAAUCUAUCAUUAUUGACCCUGCCAGGCACCAGAGUGCUAGCCAGCAAGGUCUUUAGGGUCACUGGAACACAAGCCAGUGAUUCACCAUCACAAUAGUCCAAGCUAGUCCAAGGUGAAAAUGUUAUGAACUCAACAACUAUGUAGCUAGAGCAGAUAAUAAAACUGGUGUAACCCGACACGUCCCCCAAGCAGAGGAGGGACAACAGUCGUCACUCCUCUGCCUCCCCCCGCCCCCAGGGUAUUCAUUAGAAACAGGGACCUGUGUAUCAAGAAGCAGUAUAUAAAUUGUCUAAAAUCAAAUCAAAAUCAAAUCACUUCCUAUGAAUAAACCUGAAUGACUACAGAAUAACAUAGUAACUCAGAAACUCCUGCUGUGCUAUUAAUAUUUGAUAUGCAUUUUAGGUGUUUUAUUCUGCCCAGACUUGAAGAAACUGUUGCAAGAGUCAGACUUUGUCAUUUUAUGCUUGCCAUUUACUGAUCAAACCAAGCAUAUCAUUUCAUCAAAGGAACUUUUUCUUAUGAAACCCACAGCCACACUGAUUAAUGUGGGUCGUGGUGGAACUGUCAAUCAUGAUGACCUGACAGCCGCAUUACAGAAUGGAGUCAUCAGAGGAGCCGCACUGGAUGUAACAGAACCAGAUAAUCUUCCUAAAGACCAUCCUCUUUUUACGAUGCAAAAUGUGAUCAUCACCCCGCAUAUCGCUACUUAUACAGAGUCCACAUUUUUGAAAAUGUUUACUACCGUUUUGGAUAAUUUGAAGGCUGGAAUUAAAGGCAAAGAUUUACCCUCUCCAGUAUAGUAAUAAGUCGGUCAUCAGUUAGUUGUAUGCAAUGUUUGCCCUCAUUGUAUUCCCUUGCAAAAUUUUGGGUGUCUUUUAUUAAUGUCAGGACUGGGGCACAAGUAAAGAAGGAC